UAAAUAGUGAGGUGCGAUGUGCGAAAGAAGAAUAUGAGAGAAAAAGAUGGAGGAGGUAGAGAGACUCUGGAAUGAAGUGAGAGAGCUAAGCUUAGGCAACAACAGCAAAGUGGAAAGACUGCAAACCCCACCAACCGCCCUUCAAUUCCUCAGAGAUUUCGUUAACCCAAACAAACCCUGCAUCAUCUCCAACGCUAUCAACCACUGGCCUGCACUCUCCCUUUGGGCCCAGGCCCAACCGCCCUUCCCCGACGCCCUCCGCCUCAUCGCCUCCCCCGAUCACAACCCCGCCGUCGUCGCCUACGCCCAGCAGCAGAACGACUGCUUCCGCUCCGAGUACUCCGCCCUCGCCGCCGAUUGCGACCCCCACAUCGAUUGGGCCACGGAGGCUUUCGGCGGCGCUUUGCCUGAAGCUGUGAACCUCUGGAUUGGUAACCAGCGUUCUCACACUUCAUUCCACAAGGAUCACUACGAGAAUCUGUAUGCCGUUGUCUCGGGAGAGAAGCACUUCAUUCUGUUGCCUCCCACUGAUGUUCAUAGACUCUACGACACUGGAGAGUUUGAUUUGGAGCUUGAGGAGCCUAUUAGAUAUGUUCCAUGGUGCAGUGUAGACCCUUUUCCUCCUCCUGAGAAACUCCAUGAGGAGGUGUCUAAGUUCCCCUUGUACUUCAAUGGCCCUAAGCCAUUUGAGUGUACAGUGAAGGCUGGGGAGAUUCUCUACUUGCCAAGCAUGUGGUUUCAUCAUGUUAGGCAGAGUUCAGGUGAUGGAGGAUGCACUAUUGCAGUAAACUAUUGGUAUGAUAUGCAAUUUGACAUUAAGUAUGCAUAUUUCAAUUUCUUACAAUCUAUCCAUUACCGAUCUCCGAGUCUACUGUUGCCUGAGAAAUUUUCUGAGGAGACAGAUUCAGAUCCUGAUUGCUUAUGAGACUGAUGAAAAUAGUUGUUCCUUAGCCAGUGUUCUUUGGGAAAAUGCAAGAGAUUCGGAAGUGUCAUGGAAACAUUUCGGGGAAGCAUUGAUUGAUUCCCAAAACAAGCAACUAACUCUUGGAAGCUGGAACUCUUUUUAAGAUUUUUGACAUCUCUACCUGAUAUGUGGCAACUGCCAACACAACUUUGUUUUGUCCUUCAAUUGUGAUAUCAGUUUUUGCUGUAAUCAUUUAAUUUUUGCUAUUCUGGUGAUGCUGAUGAGAAUGAGAGAGACUGAAUAGUUCAGUUCAGCAAUUUUCUCCUAAAACAAGCGUAUUCCUUUUUAUUAUAGUUGUAAUAUUGUCACAUUUUUCGCACAUUUUAUUCCCUUCCUAAUCUGUGUUGUGUUCUACAAUGUGUAUUUAGUUUUUGGUCUGAUAGCU